AUGUAUGAAGUUUUAUCUUCACAGAAACAAUACAAGAAAGACUUGGAAACUGAAAUUAAAGGGAAGGGCAUGCAAGUUGGUCCAGAUACUCCUGAGAUAAGACGAGUGAAGAAAGCUUCUGAAAUUGCAAGCAUGAAAGAAUACAAGAAAGACUUGGAGAACGAAAUUAAGGGAAAGGGAAUGGGAGUGGGCAUGGAUACCCCUGAUAUACAACGAGCCAAAAAAGCUUCUGAAAUUGUAAGCCAGAAAGAAUAUAAAAAGGAUCUGGAGACUGAAAUUAGAGGAAAAGGGAUGCAAGUUGGCCCAUAUACUCCUGAAAUACAACGGGUCAAAAGGGCUUCAGAAAUAGCAAGCAAGAAAAUGUACAAAGAUGAAGCAGAGAAGAUGCUCUGUAACUAUUCUGCUGUGCCAGACACACCAGAGAUGGAGAGGAUAAAAAGUACUCAGAAAAACAUCAGUUCAGUGUUUUAUAAGGAGGAAGUAGGAGCUGGCACAGCUGUAAAAGAGACUCCAGAGACUGAGAGAGUAAAGAAAAAUCAACAGAAUAUUAGUUCGAUUAAAUACAAGGAAGAAAUUCAGCAUGCAACAACUAUUUCUGAUCCACCUGAACUAAGGAGAGUUAAGGAAAACCAGAAGAAUAUUAGCAAUAUUCAGUACAAAGAACAGCUCUGCAAAGCUACACCUGUGAGUGUCACCCCUGAGAUCGAAAGAGUCAAGAGGAAUCAAGAGAUUAUCAGCAUGGUUCACUACAGAGAGCAGCUUGGCAAAGCUACUGCUGUGAGUGUCACUCCUGAGAUAGAGAGAGUCAAGAAGAAUCAAGACAAUAUCAGCUCGGUCAAAUACAGCAGUGAUCAGAGGCAGAUGAAAGGUAGACGUAGUGUGCUUCUAGACACACCUGAGCUAAGGCAUGUCAAAGAAACACAAAACAACAUCUCAAUGGUAAAAUACCAUGAAGAUUUUGAGAAGACAAAGGGCAGAGGCUUCACCCCAGUGGUAGAUGAUCCUAUAACAGAGCGUGUGCGGAAAAACACCCAAAUUGUGAGUGAUGCAGCAUAUAAAGGCGUGCAUCCACAUAUUGUUGAAAUGGAUAGAAGACCUGGAAUAAUUGUUGAUCUUAAAGUUUGGCGUACAGAUCCUGGCUCCAUCUUCGACAUUGAUCCUCUGGAGGACAAUAUUCAGUCUAGGAGUCUGCAUAUGCUUUCUG